AAUAAAAAUUAUUAAUUACGACUUUCUCUACAAACUUUUAUUUUUUCCCAGGAAGAGUUAUUCCAAAAGCAGUUUUUUAAUUUAUUUUAAUGGCUGCUAAACCCAAUAAACAAAACAAGGGGUUAUCUCACUUUUUUGCGAAGGACAAGACCUUUAGGCCUAAGAAGAAAUUCAGAGAGGGAACUCUUCGACACGAACUUCAUAAACAUGCCAAGGCCACACUUCAUUCGGGGAUUUCACUACAGGAUUGUGUCAAACUCCCGCCUGGAGAAGAUCCAAAUGAUUGGGUUGCCGUGCACGUCGUUGACUUUUUUAAUCGUGUAAACCUCAUUUAUGGUACUGUGUCUGAAUACUGCACUGAUGCCACCUGCCCAACCAUGAGUGGAGGACCAAAAUAUGAAUAUUUCUGGUGUGAUGGUGAUAAAUACAAAAAACCAGCAGCUGUGCCAGCACGAAUGUAUGUAGCACUGCUUAUGGACUGGAUUGAGAACAUAAUCAAUAACGAAGACAUUUUCCCAGUAGACAAAGAUGUUCCAUUUCCUAAAGUUUUUCUUCCAUCAGCUAAGAAGAUCUUAACCAGACUGUUUAGAGUCUUUGUUCAUGUAUACAUCCAUCAUUUUGAUAAAGUACAAACUUUAGGAGCUGAAGCCCAUGUUAAUCAAUGUUACAAACAUUUUUACUACUUUGUGACCGAGCACAAACUGGUGGAGCCAAAAGAACUGGAACCUUUGAAAAUUAUGACAGAAAAAAUAUGUCUUUGAAGACCAAAGGACAGUGGUAUAUUUUUAUAUGGUUGAGUCUUGAAACUGUUUGUUCAAUAUUACAUUCAUCAAGAUUUUACAUUUUUCACAAAAAAUAACUCUUGAUAAUUCCUAAAAAUUUGGAAAUGACAAAAUUAUUCUAUAUUUGUGAUUAUGAUCACAGUUUAUAAACUUUUUAAAUGUCACGAAGGUUUCUAUUAUUGAAAAUGAUAUUUGCAUUAACUUUAUGAAAUUAUAUUUCUAAGAUAGUGGUUAGUAAAUAAAUCUUUUUAUUUGUUAUGCAUACACUUGAGUCCAAAAUGGCACACGGCAGGGUGAAAUUUAAUCAUCCAGGGCCAAAUUUACAGUAUUUUAUUCUAAUCUUAUACUGCAAAAUUGUUGUGUUCCUGAAUGCUAGAAGGAAAGAAAUACAGAACAAGUGUAUACUUUGCAUUCUAAUAGACCUCUUCGGCUCUGAUGUAAUGUUUUCCCAUUUCAGACCACAUGUCAUUCCCCAGAGUAUCAUUUCUUUGUUUAAGAUUU